AUGGUUUAUUCGGUAAUGAGAAGCAGUGAGUUGCAGAGUGGUGGUGAAAUGGCGGCGGUGAAAACGGAGAUUGAAGACCACUUGGAAGAAGAGCACGGCCCUCUUCACAAGCGAUCCAAGUUCUCUCCUUUGAUUCAACAAGAAAUUGCGGAUAUGGGUGGUUUUCCGGCGUCGGCGCCUCCUCAAUACAACCCAUUAGAUGAGCCAAGUCCAUUGGGUUUGCGGCUGAGGAAAAGCCCUUCCUUGUUGGAGUUGAUUCAAAUGAGGCUUUCUCAAGGGAGUUCACCGAAGGCUGCAGGUUCAAGUAAAAAGGAACAGAAAGGGUCAGCCGGUUCUAGCUCCAACGCGGAGAAGCUCAAAGCUUCAAAUUUCCCCGCAACGGUUCUGAGAAUUGGGACGUGGGAGUAUAAGUCGAGAUACGAGGGGGACUUGGUGGCGAAAUGUUAUUUUGCAAAGCAUAAGCUCGUGUGGGAGGUUCUUGAUGGUGGUCUCAAGAACAAGAUUGAAAUUCAGUGGUCUGACAUUAUGGGUUUGAAGGCAACUUACCCUGAGGAUGGACCUGGAACUCUGGACGUAGUGCUUGCCAGACAACCUCUCUUCUUUAGGGAGACUAACCCGCAGCCUAGGAAGCAUACUCUGUGGCAGGCAACCUCUGAUUUCACUGGUGGCCAAGCCAGCAUACAGAGGCGACAUUUUCUGGAAUGCCCUCAGGGCUUGUUGGGGAAGCAUUUCGAGAAACUAAUUCAGUGCGAUCCUCGUCUGAACUUCUUGAGCCAACAACCAGAAAUCAAUUUGGAGUCACCUUGUUUCGAAGCUAGACUUUCUGUUUUUGAUGACCCAAGUGAAAAUAGACCUGCAUAUGAUUUCCACAGUGAUGGGAGUCCUUUCUUCAACCUCAGGGAUGCAGCGUCGCCUUCUGGUGCUCAAUCUUCUUCUUCGAGGAAUGAUCAUGACGUUGGCCGAUCACGGGAACCAGUUCGGCAUGAAACUCCAUCUCCUAGCUCAGUCAUGGAUACGCAUGUGAUUGAAGAGAUCAAGAACAGUGGGGAACAAUGGAAGGAACUUAGUAACUGGGAUCAGAUCAAAGUGCCAGGCCUGCACACUUCUAUGUCUAUGAGUGAUCUAGUUAGUCAUCUGGAGAAUCGGAUAUCAGAGCAGAGGACAUCAAACAAUGUUGUUCUGUCAAACGAAGAUAAACAAGGGCUGGAGAUUCUUGAUGAAAUCAGUCGAUAUUUGUUCAGUGAUUCUCAAUACGUGCCAGCUUCUGAUGAAAAUUCUCUGAUGACUAGGGUGAAUUCUCUUUGCUGCCUUCUGCAAAGGGGCGACAGCUUGGUUGAUCUGUCGGCAAUGGAUACUAAAGUGCAGGGCUCAAAUCUUUCUCCUGUUUAUGCCAGUGGAAGCAAGGCUGAGGAGAAGCCUUCUACAGCUGAGCUAGAAUUGGAAGGUGUGUCGGAAUGGAAACAAACGCCUUCCAUGUCUCGAAAGGAUUCUGUUGGGGAAUUGCUGUUGAAUCUACCAAGGAUAGCAUCUUUACCUCAGUUCUUAUUUAACAUCUCUGAAGAUGUUGACAAUCAAGCCCGGUAG